AUGGACUCAAACGAAUGCAAAGUUUGGCGAAAUCCUUUAAACUUGUAUCGAGGAGCUGAAUAUCAACGCUUCUUUUGGGCUACAAGCAAAGAGCCUCUUACGUAUUACGACAUGAAUUUGAGUGCACAAGAUCAUCAGACGUUUUUUACGUGUGAAGGUGAUGCAAGGAAAGAGGAAUAUGAAAUAAUGCAAACAGCCUGGCGCGAACGAAAUCCUGUUCAACGAAUAAAAUCAGCUCACAAUGCGUUGGAAAUCAAUCCAGAAUGUGCGUCAGCUUAUAUUUUAUUGGCAGAAGAGGAGGCAACUACUAUCGUUGAAGCAGAGAAAAUUUUAAAAACUGCUCUAAAAGUAGCAGAGACAAAUUAUCGAAGGUCACAGGCCAUUCAACAUCAAGGCCCUAUAGCUGAAGGUAUACAUCGUCGUGAUACAAAUGUGUUAAUCUACAUUAAGCGACGUCUAGCUAUGUGUGCACGAAAGCUCGGAAAACUGAAGGAGGCUGCGAAGAUUUUUCGUGAUCUUAGCAAAGAGAUACCGUCUAUAAUGAAUGUGCUAAACGUGCAUGAAAAUCUCAUAGAGACUCUGCUGGAGAUGCAAGCUUAUGCCGACUGCCAAGCAGUUUUGGCCAAGUAUGAUGACAUUUCGUUGCCCAAGUCGGCGACAAUAUGCUACACUGCAGCUUUGUUAAAAGCUCGAGCUGUGGCAGAUAAAUUUUCUCCCGAUAUAGCCUCAAAACGUGGACUUAGUUCAAUUGAAAUGAGUGCGGUGGAAGCUAUCCACCGCGCUGUAGAAUUUAACCCACAUGUACCAAAGUAUUUAUUGGAAACAAAGCCACUCAUUUUACCGCCGGAACACAUCUUGAAGCGCGGUGACUCAGAGGCUCUUGCAUAUGCCUUUUUCCAUCUAAGACAUUGGAAAAAUGUGGAUGGAGCAUUAAAUUUAUUGCACUGUACUUGGGAAGGUACGUUUCGUAUGCUACCAUAUCCACUAGAACGCGGUCAUCUAUUUUACCCUUAUCCGACUUGUACAGAAUGCGCUGAUCGGGAAUUGCUGCCGUCAUUUCAUGAGGUUUCAGUUUACCCCAAAAAGGAAUUGCCAUUUUUUAUUCUGUUUACAGCAGGCCUUUGCUCUUUCACUGCGCUUUUAGCUCUGCUUACACAUCAGUAUCCUGAACCGAUGGGUGCACUCGCCCAAACUGUACUUAUUUGGUUAUCGUAUCCAUUUCACCUGCUGAAAGAACGUAUCGAAGCAUUGUCCGUGAAUUUUCUUCAUCAGUUGACCAACUUUGAUGAGUNGUAA